CAGCCACUGGCGGCGCCUCCCCGAGGCCGCGCCGCCUAUCCGCACUGCGCUUUGUGGUGACGCCCCCAGCAGCAGCAACAGCAGCGGGAGUCAGGCGCGGGGCGGUGACGCGCGGCGAGAUACAGAGACGCCGACGGCGGCCAGAGGGAGACAAAGGCGGCCCUGGCCGGUUCGGAUCUACGGAGGAGAGGGAGUUUUGGUGGCUGUCCGUGCUGCAGUAACGGAACACUAACGCCAACAUGUCAGAUGCCAGUGAGAUGCUGGCUGCUGCCCUUGAACAGAUGGAUGGCAUCAUCGCAGGCUCGAAGGGCAUGGAGUACGGCAAUGGGCUUUUCGAUUGCCAGUCUCCCGUGUCUCCGUACGGCGGCACCAUGAGCUCGCUGGGCGGCCUGCGCGUGCUGCAGCUGGUGGAGGAGCUGCGUGGAGCACUGGACACGGUGGGAGGAGAAGAGGACAGGGAGACACUGAGGUCGCAGAUACCGGACUCAACCGUCGACGCCCUCGCGGACUGGUUGCACUGCGGCAUGACCAAUGGCCACUUGCAGUAUGGCGGCGUGGAGAGCUACCAGGAGAGGCUGUCUCGUUUGGAAGGAGAUAAGGAGUCUCUUGUACUGCAGGUGAGUGUCCUGACGGAUCAGGUGGAAGUCCAGGGAGAGAAGAUCAGGGAUCUGGAGGUGUGUCUGGACGAGCACAGGGACAAGCUCAAUGCCACCGAGGACAUGCUGGAGCAGGAGCUGCUAAGCCGCACCUCACUGGAGACCCAGAAGCUGGAUCUGAUGACCGAGAUUUCUUCUCUCAAGAUAAAACUCGCCUCUGUGGAGAGGGACAGAAGCGAGUUCAUGGAUAGGAGCUGUGAUGGAGAGGAUUUUAUGCACGAGAUAGCCGAGCUGCGGAGAAGGGUGGUGGAGCUGGAGGGGGAGAAGGUUCACUUUGAAAAGAAACUGAAGAACACCAAGUCUGCCAUGGCCAAGCUGGCCAGCAUGAAACUGAAAAUCGGACAGGUACAAUACGAGCGACAGCAUUGGGAGCGAGAGUGCUUGCAAGCCAAGGUGGAGCUGGACGAGCUGCAGGAACUGCUGAUGCAGCGUGAGGUGGAGGUGGAGGGACUCAAGGACCAGCUCGUCAACCAGAUGACGGAGCAGGCCGAGACCGUUGAGAAAGAGGAGGAAUUAAAACGGAUGCUGAGAGACAGACAUCAAGAAAUACACCGGCUAAAGGUGGCGAUGGAGUCACUGAUGGCUGCCAAUGAGGACAAGGACCACAUGAUAGACGAUCUGCGGCAGUCCCUGACGCGCUACAGGAAGGUGCAGGAGAUGGUGCUGGCCGCCAAGGGUAAGAAAGGGUCUUCUGAGCGACUACCGGGCAGUUCGAGCGACGAUAACCUGAGCGCAGAGAUGAUGAACAUGGACGCCGAGGAAUUCCUUGGCGAGGAGAGUUUUGGUGUUCAGAAAGAUGCCGCCCCGUCUGCUGACACAGAGCCAGAGCAACCACUGCAGAUCAAAGCCGAUGAUGUAGAGACAGUGGAUUAUCCCACUGAAAACGGAGACACACAGAAGGGAGAAGACAGUGAUGAGGCUGUGCAGGAGAUGGCACCGCAGCCAGCGUCCAGGUCACGUGACUGGCAGUCCGCCAGCAGCCCUGAGCACGCCCAGCAAGACGUCGCAGAGAAGAGUGUGGUGUGGGAGCGGAAGGGACGCGAGCCUGCCGAGCUGGCCCAGCGCCUUGAAGUGAUAAUACAGAACAAAGCGUUGCAGGAGGAGGAAGGAGGGUCCCGCCUGCAGACCCUGCCCCCCAGCUCCCCCAGCUCCCCCAGCUCCCCCGCGCUGGAGCGGCACCUUGCCGACGAGGGGGCUAGCGGGGGGGCGGCUCGCAAACCCAGGGCCUCAUUUGGGCGUGGGUUCUUCAAGGUGAAGGGAGGCAAGCGCACGGCCAGCGCGCCCAACCUGGAAGUGGACAAGGACUCAAGUGGCCGGCUCAGUCCCUCGGAGCUCGCCUCGCCUCCCAGCGCUCCGCUCUCGCCCGAGACUCGGAAGAAGUCGCGUGGAAUCAAAAAAAUCUUCGGAAUGCUGAAGAGGAGCCAGUCGACGAACUUAAACCCCGAGGAGGAGCGCGAGGAGGAGUUCCGAAGAGGGGGGCUGAGAGCCACGGCCGACCCACGGCUCGGCUGGUCACGUGACCUCCGUGGGGGCUCCAGCGACCUGGAUGCGCCAUUUGCCAAGUGGUCGACGGACCAGGUGUGCAACUGGCUUCACGAGCAGGGCCUGGGCAUGUACGUGGGCAUGGCGCGCCAGUGGGUCACCUCCGGGCAGACCAUGCUCCGCGCCACCGCACACGACCUGGACAAGGAGCUGGGCAUCAAGCACUCGUUGCACAAGAAGAAGCUGCAGCUGGCCCUGCAGGCAAUGGGCUCGGAGGAGGAGAACUCCAAGGGCGAACUCGACUACAACUGGGUCACGCGGUGGCUGGAUGACAUCGGCUUGCCACAGUACAAGGACCAGUUUAACGAGGGGCGAGUGGACGGGCGCAUGCUGCACUACCUGACGGUGGACGACCUCCUGUCACUGAAGGUGACGAGCCUGCUCCACCACCUGAGCUACAAGCGCGCCAUCCAGGUGCUGCGCAUGAACAAGUUCCACCCCAACUGCCUGCGCCGACGGCCCUCCGACGAGGGGAACGUGACGCCUGCCGAGGUGACGCAGUGGACGAACCACCGUGUGAUGGAGUGGCUCCGCUCGGCCGACCUGGCAGAGUACGCGCCAAACCUGCGUGGCAGCGGCGUGCACGGCGGGCUGCUGGUACUGGAGCCACGUUUCACGGUGGAGACUCUGGCCCUGCUGCUCAACAUCCCGCCCAACAAGACGCUGCUACGACGCCACUUGGCCACGCACUUCGACCUCCUGGUCGGACCCGACUCUCGCCGCCAUAAGCAGGAGGCGCUUGAGGUGCCCAACCACAUACCGCUCACCACCACGGCCAAGGUGAAGCCCAAGAAGCUUCCUCUGGGGAUCUCGGGAUUCGGCUCUCUGAGGCGACGGAAGCAAGAGGACGCAGAGGACUACGUGUGCCCCAUGGAGCUCUGCCGGCCCGGUGGCCUGGCCUCCCAGCCAGGCUUCUCCGCCGCCUCCAGUUACCGGAUGCAGGCCGGCGGCGGGCGGUCCGGCUUCCAGGACGACGAUGACCUCGACCGGCUGGAGCAGCAGAUGGAGGACUCUGAGGGCACCGUGCGCCAGAUCGGAGCCUUCUCAGAGGGCAUCAACAAUCUGACGAGCAUGCUGUCGGACGAUGACAUGUUCAUGGAGUACGCGUCAACGUCACCCAACGCUCCACACCUGGACAACGAAUAAUAGCGACACGUUCGUUUUGGAGAGUGAUGGGUGUUGGGGAGAGGGGCAAUGUUUGAUUAAUUCAUUCAAUCAGUGGCUGGGUUUUCUUUACCGGGCGCGUGGGCAAUGAUUUUAGGAGCCAGACGGAGUGUGAUCGCGAUGCGUUUCUGAAGCAGCAGUGCCCUGUGUGUGCAGAGAUAGAAAUAGCUCUGCUGCUGGGGGGCGGGGAUCUGCUGUGCCAGCGUGGUGUGGGGGUGCUGCUGCUGCUCUGCAUUGUGUCUCAGGUGCAACUCGUUACUGAUGAACCACCCACCUCCUUCCCCCUCCUCCACCGUGUUGAUGCAAUCGUAACGUCGAAUGUUAGGGCCACGAUAACAACCCAUGAAUUACCGAAGAGAGAAAAAAACACUUGGCCCACGCUUGCAGCAGGGAGUGAGUUGAUUUUUUUCUUCUUCCAGCUCUGGCAUGAAUUAAUACUCGUUAAGUUUACACUACACAGCCAAACCUAACUGCGGUUGCCGCUUGCGAAGGGACUGUUUUUAAUUGCAAUUUUAUCGCGUAACGGUGUCAGUGCGCCCUGACUGCUCGUCGCGCUCCGUGCACAUCGUCGCCUGGCCACUCAUUCUCACUGCUUUGAGACGAUUGCGAGGGGUGGUCGAGGCUUGGUCACACGAGUGCUCGGACCUCACGGCAAUGGAGUUGACCUCUGCGUGAUGAGGGUAGCGAUGGUGAGGGUGGACGCUGGGGUUCUGUCGUCAUUUGGCGGGGGAGCGGGUGAGGGGGUCACCUUCGGAGCAACGUUUCCAGUUUAGGCGCUGGGUCUUAAAAUGGUUAAGGAAACAAUUAAAUUAUACUAUUAAACAUCCUUUCAGCGACUAACCAUGUAAGCACCUCCGUAUUAUCAAAGUUUAUAUUCUGUACAAUAAGCUGUCAUUAUUGGUAGAGUAAUUUACAGUAGAUUGCUAAGAUAUAUAAAAUCAUGUAUCCACAAAGAUCAUAUUUUGUGAGUAACCUUGUCAGCCAGGAAAGACAGUGUUACACGUAAUAUUUCCUUUUUUAAAUGUAACUUAAGGGGAGUUCAAUGUGUUGUACGUAGCUUGACAUUGAUGGUACCAAACUCAACAAGUGACUGCUUCUAAGGCCAUUUUUGCAGCCUUACAACUUGAUUUUUUUUUUUAUCACUGCAAAUAUGGUAUUUUAUUCAUCUGCUUUCUGUGGCGUUCUUAUAUGCAAUAUGAAAAUAUAUACUUGUAUACAGUUUAUUUAAGUGCUUAAAAAGAGAUAUCUGUGUAACCUUCGCAAAUGUACCUAGGUGAGCUUCGUGUCUCUUACAGACCACAACGGAAUGAGUUGUGAAGCUUACAUAGUUUUAACAGUUUAAAACCUGACAUUUCAAAAGUAAAAAAUAGAUGCCAACGAUUAUCUAUAUAUGUACAGAAAACACGGGGUGCAAUUGUGACACUCUGAACUGUGAUUCUCUGUAAAAAAAAAAUUCCGAGACAAGUAUUUGUCAUUAUGGUUUAAUACGUAAUGAUAUCAGCAGGUACAGAGACCACGUGCCGAACGACGUGAGUUGGCGCAAUGUCGGCAAGUGUAGUAACGCGACAUUUCUCAUCAAAACGUUUGCUUCUGUACGGUUUUUGUAAGACUACCUGGGAACGCAGCAGUCAAAUAAGCGUCUGUGUUUCUGUGAUCGCUUUUAUUUUCGCCCUGAUGUUUACGCGCGCGCGCGCAGCUCGGCAUCAUGUCCCCUGGGGGUGUUGACAAACUGAAGAGUGAAAACAAUUUUCAUAUUUGCGAGCACUGCCAUGUGUGAACAUCACUGGGAAAUCUGUCCACAUUAGCAGCGAUGCUUUGCUGUUCGUCUCAAGUGUACGGCAAAACACGCACGCUUGCCUACAUCUGUAAAGACACGUUAUGUUGACUGCAGUGCAGCGGUUAAACACUCCACUCGGCCCACAGUUUUUCGUUUUUCUGUUAUGCUAUAAUUGUGUGGCUCCACGUAUGUGUACUCUCUGCCAUGCACGAUAGAGUGCCAAGUUGCUGUUUUUGUACGCACACAACACAUGGUGAAAUCAUGAGAAUCUUCUGUAGCCCUGGCGAAAAUUAUAGGUUAGGAAUAGCAUUUUUAUAUAUUCAAUCGUGCUCUGCUUCUAAGUUUCGUAUUCAUGUAAGCCAUAUUCCCAGAUAUCCUGAUGCAAUCUUGCUACCAAAUAGCAUUUUUAAACAGACACAGGACGCAUUGACUUGGAUGCCCCUGCACUCUCAUGUUUUAAUGGUGUCCACCUUUUCAAGAGGACGUUUUAAAAAGGACAAUUGACUCUGAAUGGAUUUCACAGGGACAUUUGACGCUUGCACAUUUGUCUGGCUAAUAAAUUAUGCGUUUGGUUUGUCAUAUCCGGUAAUGGAAGAGUUGACGUUGUGGUCAAAAGGUGGGAAUUGCACAGUGGUCAUGACCUAUCCCGGCAGUGCGGCUGUAGCCAAGGCCCUUGAGUCCACUGUGCUCAGAGGUGCCGUCUGCUGAUGUGUAAACCAUCAAGCCAGCUGCGAUGGUCACGCGUGUAUGCACCUUGUAGCUAAUUAUGGAGAGACAAACGAAAAAAAAUCUAUGCAAAUUUAACUUUUAAAUUAAAUGGCUAGGAACGGAAUUGCGCAGUGACAGCAGUUGAGUAGAACAAGCGGUUUUACAGUUUUGUGCAAAUGCACGCGUGGGCACUGUGCUGUGACAUCCCCCUCCGAAUAUCAACAAAUAUAAACGACACGAGAUUACUUAAUGCAGCUAACCAGUAGUCCGUGGGCCAGAGCGGAAAUUGGUACCAUCUAAUUGAGCAAAACUUUAGUCGUAUCGAUUUGUUUGGAUGGCCACUAAGAGUGGAUGCGUUGAUAACCCCACUCAUUUCAAAUGGUUAUCACGUAAUUCGCUGAGUGGCUGCAUACAUUUCAUGAACCGCUGAAGUGAUGCCUCCUCAGGUGGAACCGACGGGUUCAAUAUCUGGUCUGAGCACAUGGACUACAGUAGGCCGAGGAGAUUGGUACAUUUCUUUUUAUUUUUUACAUUGUAUGCAGACGCACCUGUUCACAUUUUUACUUUAAUUUCACAUCUGUAAUGCAUAUAUAUCGUGGAAGCGACGCGGUGGAGAAGUGGCACACCCAUUGUGUGUACUGUGCUGCGAGCCUGACGACCUAAGUUCCAUUCCCAGCAAUGUCUCACAUCGGUGGAGAUUGAUAUCUGAACUGAUCCUGGGCUUGCUCCCUUCACCAACUGGCACUGACCAGCAUGGUGAAGUAUGGUCAAACAACUGACAACAGCAUGGGGAGGCCAUCCCGCAGUCGAUUGACAAUGAACUUGUAAAUUACAAUUUUGAUUUGCAUUUUAAGAACGUGCAUAAAAUGUCACUACAUUUUAUAGCCAACCUUAACACAGGAGAGAAACGUUUAUCCCUGUCAUUGUAAUUGAAAGUGGCAGGCCCCAGUCUGAAAUGACACCUGCGUAAAUUCCCAUUUGUCGUAAUGUUCUAAAAUUGGCAACUGUGGUGCCAACUAUUUGUCCCCUUUUUUUAAAAGGCGUCAGCCCUCAUUUGGAUCUCCGCUUGUCAACUCGUUGAAAAAUUUGCAAGUUGGUGCUUGCAUGCGCGUCUGUGCCAGUCUUUAUACACAUGUAUUUAUUUUUAUUCAAAACUGUCACGUUGCUUAUUCGCGACGUGCUGUAUGUCUUGUAUUCUCAAGAUGGAGGGUGGUUAUUAUUCACUCUCUCACAUAUACACUUUUAACCAUUUCAAUAAAUACAAUCUAUAUUUCUUA